GGAUGUGAAUCGAGAGCCGUGUUUAAAUCGUGGACGAUGAAAUCGAGAGUGAAUCUAGUCGCGAUUUUGUUGACUUUGAGCUGCGCGGCGCGCGUAUUAGAAGGAUUGAAGAGUGACGAGAAGCAUUCGAGUCACAAGGAGUAUUAUCCAGUUGGGAAGAAGAUCGUCAAGGAGGUUCACAACAAAGCCGCAUCUCAAAGCGCGGCUCUUCUGCGGAUAGAAGAUAAAACUAAAAUUCUGAAGAGCAAGAAUACCGGUUUCGGUUUGUCGAAAGAUUACUUUCAUGGGCCAGACCGUCCACGGCGAAAGAAGCGAAAGAUGGACCGCACGAUGAUGGCGUUGCUGAUGGCGUACAAAUUGAAAUUCGUCGCUCUGAUUCCAACACUGGUCGGAGGGCUGAUCUUGUUAAAAGCUACCGCGCUACUUGCAGGCUUCUUCUUCGCGCUGUUCGCCGCGGUUCUCGGUCUGAAAGUGAAGUGAACGAACCUAUUUCACGACGAGAACAUCCGUGAUUAUGAAACGUGAGGCCGAUAAUAAUACUGGUUUCGGUAAAACUGAUAGCCGCUAUUGUUUUGAGGUUAUGAUCACGUGGGAUCACCGCGCGCAUGCGCAAUGCAGCUGUGUGACGACCCACGUGAUCUUGAAUCGAAGAUUUAGGCGUAACAAUGUAAUAUAUUAUUGUAUUCUCGUUAUCUGGUGUAGCUAAAGAAUAAGCGUUGGAAAUGAUUAAA